AUGUCCAAGAUUUUUUCCCUAUUGGUCCUGAUAGCGAGUCUGUCGAUUGCCUUCGCCAAAAAUUCGGUAUCACGCAGGCAAGUAUCGUUCAAUCGCGGGUACCUACCCAGAUGCAAAUAUGACGAGCUCGUCAUCAAAAACAACGAGCUUUUCGCGGAGAAAAUCGGGGACGCUCACGUAGUUUUCACCGGAAAAGUCACCAGUGACGUGCUAGUCAUAAAUAACAACACAGUACAGUUCAGUGUGAUAGUGCGCCGGUAUUUCAAAAACUCUUUGGGAUUGCCGAAAAACAGGGAAGUGCGGAUUUCCAAAGCUCUGAACGAUGGUGAGGGGGUCAAGUGUAGGCAACCUGUGAGGGUGAAGUAUACGGCUAUAUUUAUAGGGAGAAAGCCCCUGAGGAGUCUGGAUGUUGAUGUAGCCCUAACCAUUUCUCCUGUUCCUGUUACACUCAAUAAUCUGGACAGGGUCAGCGCUGCCACAAAAGGUAGGAAAUGA